AUGGCCGCUCGCUCAGUGCAGACUCGUCAGGUAAGCGUGUAUGACAACAAAAUAAAGGCUUAGAUUCUAUUUUGUUAGAUAAAUUCAGCCAACUUUCCCAUUAGCAGCCAUCCAAGAGGCCAACAGACACCUUUUUUGCAAUUGUAUCUGAAAUUCUAUUCGAAAGCAAACUUGGAGUUAGACCGAUGGUCAGUAUCAUCAUUAGCUUAAUUUUCGAAACUCUUUUUAACUGAUUGAUUGAUCGAAUUUGCGCUUAAUUUCUAGGUUGCGGUCAUUUUAGAUGGGAUCCACACAGAGGUUAUAUGUUGUUGUUAUCAAGACAGAAUUUUUGUGAUUGUUUCUCAAUUUGAGAAGAUUGGCACUUUGGUAAGACAUAAACAAGCACUGCUUGAUCCACAUUGCCCCUAAAGGUGGUGUGCGAGGGGAAGGGGGAAUUCACAUAUGAAAGAGAUGUGGGUGCUUGUCAAAAAAUUAGAAUUAAACCAGCUAGAGGAUGACCAGUCUGGGUGCAGUUCAGGCUUUACUUGACCAGUAAAGGAGGUCCAUCCAGAGAGAAUAGCUGACAUUUGAUGAAAAUGCUACCAGGGUUUCCCUGUAAAAUGACAUGUUAUUACCCAGAUCUGGUAGAGCUUCUGAUUGGUUGAAAAUUUGCUUCAUUCAAUCUGAUGCAGAUCUGAGUGGUAUAAACACAUCAUCAGUAUGGAAUUUUUGUGCUACUUCAGGGCUGCAAAUAACAGCCGGUCAACGGACAAUGUCCGGUCAAAAAUAGAUUUUGUCCGGGCAAAUCCUUAGUUGGCCGGACAAUUUGUCCGGUCGUUUACGCUGGUAAGGAAAAAAUUUAGAGUUUCAAGUUUUAAAUAUUUAAAGGUUCAAUAUUAUUGGCGUUUGUGAAAAAGGAGGGGAAGAGACGGAUACUUAACUACCAGACCAAGAACUUUUAAUAAAUGAUUCGUAGUAGUCAUAAAAUUUCCGGCUGUCGUUGCACAUUUUCGCUUUGUCAUUCACCAAGUCGUCGCCACAAAUUAGUGGGUCUUAAAGAUGUGGUCCGAACAUGCGCGAAGCUCCCCUACGCACGCGUGAAAAAACCUUUGGUACCCAGGGUAAUGUGUACCAGUCACGGGUGUGAAUUACUUUAUUAUUAGUCCGUGUGGGUUUUGUAAACAUGAUGUGAGAAGGACAACAAAACUUCUCAAUGUCCGUACAAGGGUCAUGGCACCCUUUGUCUUCAAAAUUUAAGUGUGAAAAUAACAAUAACAAGAAAGCAAGUUUACAUUCAUUUGUCUACUUGUCGACAUUUCCGUGUUAAUCACUUAAGCUAUAAAUACCGCGAUUAACUAAACAUUCUAUCUUCUAGGGAAGCAAACCUUUUUAGCAGUAAAUUCAGAUAUGACAACAUGUAAACUUUACCUGGCCUAAACAGGUCUAAAUACACGAUAUCAUCUCAAACGAUUGACCGCAGAUUUCAUUGUGUUACGUGUCACGCAUGAUGCGUGGGUUGUUUAUACAAAAUAUUUGAAAAAUUCUUCUCAAACUUGACUGAAGCAAAAAUGCAGCAAGUUUCACCGUUGACAGGGCGAAACACAAUGGAUUAGAAAGAAAUUGUAUUUGCGAUAAUCCUUUACAAAUGUUGUCAAUGUGGUAUGUAACGAGUUCAGUUUAACAGGUAAUAUGGGAACAUAGUGAUCAACGUCUUCAAAAACCCUUUCCAGUACAUCCGGGUGUUCCCUUGUUAUAUGUCCAAACUGCGUUUCCGCAAGAUGAUGUCCUCGGAUGUCUAAAAGAACUCUUCCAUUAUUGUAUUUUAAAAGUUCAAUCUCGCAUCUUAGGGAAAUAGCUUCCCUGUUUCCGGGAACAUUUAAAAUCAACUAGAUAGCAAGCCUCAGUCAAUUUCAUCAACUUCAUAACUAACCGUAUAUAAGACGCAGAACUGAAGCAAUGGUAGGACGCACUUUUGCUGUACCAUGCUUUCCACUUUUCCUGCAUUGAGAUCGAUGCCCAUGUAUAAUAAAUGCUUUGAAAAUUUACUUGUUUCAUAUUUAAAUUAACAUCAUGUGAAGGGAGGAGGGGGCACUUUUAUAGCAACAAGACGUAAUCGAUGUUUGUCCAGCCAAAGAUGGGAUAUGUCCGAGCAAAAAUAGGUUUGAUCCGACAAUUUGACCGGCGCCAGCCGGGAAAUUAUUUGCAGCCCUGUACUUCCUCAGUUAUCAUUUCGCAGUGACACCAGUAGCCUGCAAAAAGAGCUGUUCCUCCUCGCUCUUCACUGCUGGGGCGUUUUGUGCAGAGAAACAUCUGUGUCUCAGCAACAGAAAUUCUAUACUGAUGACAUAAAAUCUGCCCGGAAUCCGGUCAGAUGCGCUGAUAGGGAGACGGUGUGGUUACACUGUUUUAGCUACUGUUUACGAAUGACAGACAAAAGACAAAAGGUCACAAAGGUCAAAUAUGUACAUGCAAUGGAUCUCUAACAAAACAGUCAGUAUUUGUGGAAUAUAGUCUUGUCUAGAAGAAGCCUUUGAGUUUUGCUGGAGCUCAUAAGCAAAUGAACACAACACUUUACCAAAAUCAACCAGGAGAAACGUAAAAUUAAACAAAUUUGCAUUUGGAACCCCAUGACUACCAGAUCUAUAAUGUUAACAUUGAUUUACAUCAUCAGUAUGGAAUUUCUGCCACUGAGUCACAGAAGUUCCUCUGCAUGAAACGUCCCCAUUGGCGAAGAGCGAGGAGAAGCCGCUGUUUUCACAGGCUAUGAAACCAGUGGUGGUGUCAUAAAAUGUGGACUAAAGGAGACUAAAUUCCUACACAGCAUCAUGCCAUUUGUUUUUUGUAUAGACACUUCCUUUAUGCACAACCCUAAGCGAUACCUUUAUGAGUAAAAAUAUUGGCUUUCUGUCUAGAACUCUUUAAGUGUGACCACAAUCUGCAAUUUCUACCCCUAAGUGAGAAAACAAUCAUUAUUGCGCGCCACAUUACACAUUCUUAUCGUGACUAAACUGGAUAUGGUUCUCUUUCAUAGAGCAGUUCUUUUUGUUCACAGAUAAGUGUAAAUAAACUGUCCAGCACCAAAGAUGCUUUAGCCACAGGGACACAAACAUUCAGUACUAAAACACUUAUGGGGAUUGAUGAGGUAUGUAUUAUAUUUUGCUUUUUGAAAAAUAAAGGUUAUCAGUAAAAAGCUGUAAUAAUAAUGUUCAGGUUGUGUUGUAGACAAUGCUCCAGUGGAUGUGAUUGGUUGUAAUGGGUUUAGUCCUGGGUUGGGAGCACACUGCUGGGACUGAAGAAUCCUUCACCUAUAUCAGACCAUUUUCAGUUGGAUUUUGGAGCCCUCAUUCCUAUGCAGUGGAAGAGAGUGAGAACCUUCUUCCUCUCUGUCACUCCAUGGUCAAGCAUGAGAGGAUGCUGGGAAUGAGUUUGAACACAACUUAGUGUUGUGAUUUUGUCUCAGUGCUGGUAUGAUUUAUCUUUCAGGAAAUCUGGCAUGUUUAUGCCAAGCAGAUAGCAAAGCUGAUCAGUGAGAGCUCCAAUAAGCCAGUUCUUCUGGGUAUUGCCCUCAAGAAACAUUCACCACAGAUUUUACAGCAGAUCCUACAUCUUCUGCAAGCAAACAAAGUUUGGUGAAACUUUUCUGUGGAUACUUCAAAGGCAAAUUAACUAAAUGUAAGAGAAUCAUAGCUGAAUUAACCCUCAGUCAGUGAAUUAGUUGACGAUGAAUUGUUAUUUUCAGUUUUUGUCAAACAUCAAGUCAUAAAACCAUUCCUGAAAUUUCUCUUACUGACUUAAGGAAAUGUCAAAAUAGAAUAAACAACAUGCCAAUACUGAACACAGAGGCAAAUGGUUGAUUGACCUGACAGGCAAAAAAUUUCUUCUCUAAUGCACAUGACAAGACCAUUGUUAAGAGGCAGCUAUGAGCUGUGACAAAAUGACAC